AGGAGCUAGCUGCCUGGAAUAGCUGUGCUGCCAUGUGAUUCCUCAUGGUUCUAUUUUAGAACAGCGCUGGUCUCUACACCACCAGCACUCCCACUGAGGAGUUAACAGAUAUACCUACUAAUCAAUCUACUAUGCUCUCUGUCCGUCUCUCCUCCUUUCUCUCUCUCUCACUCUUACACUCUUUCUCUCUCUCUCUCUCUCGCUCUCCGUCCUCUCUUUCAAGUAUAACUCCUGGCGGUUGGUUGUGACAUGGCCCUGGAGAAGCUGCUAGGCUUUGGGAAGCAGCUGUUGCGUGUCAAGGUUGUGGACUGUAACAGUGAAGAUUCCCGUUUGUCCCGAUGUCUCAACACCUUCGACCUGGUGGCUUUGGGGGUGGGCAGUACUCUGGGAGCUGGGGUCUACGUUCUGGCUGGGGCCGUGGCCAGAGAGAAUGCAGGUCCUGCCAUUGUCCUAUCCUUCUUCAUCGCAGCGCUGGCCUCUGUGAUGGCUGGUCUGUGUUAUGCUGAGUUUGGGGCUCGCGUCCCCAAGACGGGCUCAGCCUACCUGUACAGCUACGUCACAGUGGGAGAACUCUGGGCCUUCAUCACGGGAUGGAACCUCAUCCUCUCUUACGUUAUCGGUACCUCCAGUGUUUGCACGUACCUCCAGUGUACACACACAGCAUGGAGCGCUACGUUUGAUGAGUUGACAGGGAAACAUAUAGAGGCGUUCUGCAGACAGUACAUGACCAUGACAGAGUACCCUGACAUGUUUGCUGUGCUCAUCAUCAUCACCCUCACAGGUCUGUUGUCGUUUGGAGUGAAGGAGUCAGCUGUUGUCAACAAGGUGUUUACAUGCAUCAACGUCCUGGUGUUGUUAUUUAUGGUGGUCUCUGGACUGGUCAAAGGAACCCUGAAGAACUGGCACCUGGACCCUGAUGUCAUCUUACACAACAACUCCAGCCAAAACAUGACAGAGCCCUUGCUGUCGGCGGAGAGUCUAGGAGUGGGCGGGUUCAUGCCAUUUGGCUUCACCGGUGUCCUAUCAGGCGCUGCCACCUGUUUCUACGCCUUCGUGGGAUUCGACUGUAUCGCCACGACAGGUGAGGAGGUGAAGAACCCUCAGAAGGCCAUUCCCAUAGGCAUUGUGUCGUCUCUCCUCAUCUGCUUCGUGGCCUACUUCGGAGUGUCUGCUGCUCUCACCAUGAUGAUGCCCUACUACCUCCUAGACAACAACAGUCCUCUGCCCGCAGCCUUUAAACACGUAGGCUGGGAGGGAGCCACUUACGCUGUGGCUGUAGGGUCACUGUGUGCUCUGUCCACCAGUCUCCUGGGCUCGAUGUUCCCUCUCCCUCGUAUAAUAUUUGCCAUGUCUCGCGAUGGCCUCCUCUUCUCCUUCUUGGCCCGCAUCAGUGAGAGGAAGACACCCAUCAUGUCCACCAUGGCUGCUGGAGUCAUGUCUGCUAUCAUGGCCUUUCUGUUUGACCUGAAGGACCUGGUUGAUCUGAUGUCUAUUGGCACUCUACUGGCCUACACCCUGGUGGCAGCCUGCGUUCUGGUACUCAGGUACCAACCAGAGCAUCCCAGCUCCUUGGCCUAUCAGAUGGCCAGUACCGUGGAGGAGAUGGAGCUUAGUGAUGGUAUCUCCGCCCCCAGUAUGGGCAUCCUGCCUGGUGUGAAGGAGCACUUCAGCCUGAAGACUGUCCUGUUCCCUGACAACUCUGAACCCUCAGCCCUGUCCGGCUUCACUGUCAACAUCACUGUCAGCCUCAUGGGUAAAGGGGGGUACAGGAAGACUACAGAUAAGCUACACAGAGACACACACACUCCUCCCUUCUCAUCCCUUUCUAUCUCUCCUCUGUCAUCUAUUGCCUGCCCUCCCCUCUCCUCCAUUGCCUGCCCUCCUCUCCUACCUCCUCCUCCCUCUCCUCCUCUCCUCCCCUCUUCCACCUCCUCUCCUCCCUCCCUCCCUCUCUUCCCGCCUCCCAGCAGUGUGGAACAUCGUAGCUCUGACCGUCAUCUUCAUGGUGUGUGUUUUCCUCCUCUCCUCUCUCUCCUCCCUCUCUUCCCCUCUUCCUCUCCUCCUCCUCCUCCCCCUAUAGGCCUUCUGAUCCUGGUGUUCAGUAUACUAGCAGUACAGGGUGGAUUUGCAGUGUGGAACAUCGUAGCUCUGACCGGCAUCUUCAUGGUGUGUGUUCUCCUCACCUUUAUAAUCUGGAGACAACCAGAGAGCAAGACCAAGCUGUCCUUUAAGGUGCCCCUGUUGCCGUUCAUCCCAGUGGUCAGCAUGUUUGUCAACGUCUACCUGAUGAUGCAACUGGACAGAGGCACGUGGAUACGCUUUGCUGUCUGGAUGGCUAUAGGGUUUGUGAUCUACUUUGGCUACGGGAUCCACCACAGUGCUGAGGCGGCUCUGGACCGCUCCUCUCCUGGGUCUGAUGUAGAGCUGAACGGCUACAUAGCCAGCCACUCACACAACAUGGAGCCCAUUUCUCCUGAGAAAGAGGCGUUUCUAGAUAAUGGUCUGGAGGCCCGGGGAGAGGAGGACCGAGACCUGUAGAGUGCUAGGACCCAGCUGACAACUGCCACAGCCUGCCCUGACCACCCUACAUGCCACACCUUAUCACGCCCCUUUGGAACUUUUGUCUGUCUGGAACCUUUAUCAAACAGGAUGGAACCCUCUUGGAAUGAACCGUCUCAUUUUGGGAUGUACCAUGCCGUUUUUUAACAGAGUCCUGGAUUUAGACUUUGGUCUAACAUCUCACAGUGGCGUAUG